GGACAGUCCUUGGGAGCAGGAUGGGGCUGAGCCCCACGUGAGGCUUGUUCUGGGAACGGAGUGGCAGUGUUUGGGGUGCUGUGUGAGGGUCUGCACCCCACUUUGAGUGCAAAGCCUCAGUUUCCCCACGGUGCUUGAUAACAGCUCGUUACGCUCUGGCAGUGUCAGCAGUGGGGAGCCAAGGGGUGCUCAGCCUCAUCUGCCCCACGAGGGUGGCACACAGGGUGCUGAGCUGGGUGCAGCUGGGUGCUGACCCCCCAGCAGCAUCAGCUGCCCGCUUUGAGGAGGGGUGUGUGGGAUGCCAAGCUCAGCACGUGUCCCCAGCACCAUCCAAGUGCCAGGGGCAAUGCCGGGGACAAGCAAGGACACAGAUGUCCCUUGAGGUCCCCCCUUCACCCCCAGAGCCGUCCCUCGCUGACUCAGCCCCACAUCACCCCACAACGGUGUGGGGAGCCGUUAUGGGGGUCCCAUUUCCCACACCCCCCCCCCAGCUGCCCCCCGGCCCGGGCACAGCGGUGCUGAGUCACUCAGCGUCUCCCUCCCGGCGGGGUGUUGCCGGGCUCGGCCGUUCCUGCCGCCUCUCCCCUCCUGCUCCCUCUCCCUUCCCUGUUUGCGCUGCAGGGCGGGGAAAUACUUGAUGCGUUUCGUCGUUGUCAGCGCGGGGAGGCUCGGCCCUGGCCGCCGUCCCGGUGCCGCGCUGCCCGGCGCCGCUGCCCACACGUGCCCGGGCGAGGCGGCCCCGACGGGCAGGACCGUGGCUCCGUCCUUCCCCGGGGCGCCUCCUCCUCAAAGAAACGGGGCCGGGGGCCUGGGAGAGGGGCCGGGGAGGGGGUUUGGAUGCGGCCAGGGCCACGUGGAAUGGCUCUGCCCGAGGGUGCAGGGCGGCUGUCACCUCGCCGCGGUGUCAGGGGUGACAGGGGACGGGCCCUGGGGAUAUGGGGCACGGGCGGCGCUGGGCACCACGGGCCAGCUCCUGCCCCCCGACAGCAGCCAGGCUCUGGGCAUGGAGGACGUCCCGGCCUUCCAGGCAGCGCCGUGGGUGUCCCCGCAGCAGGGGCUGAGGCGCGUGCCCAUCAUCCGACACCGAGGCUCCAACACCCUCAACUUUGACUUCCACGAGCCCGAGCCCCGUGGCACGGCCGAGCAGAGCCGGGCAGCCCCCAGGAGCACAGGUAGCAGCCCCCCAUAUCCCCGCGGUGGGCAGAGGGACCGGGGCUCACCCUCGGCCGCCUCAGCCCCAGCGAGCGAGUGGUACCAGACGUGGCCGGCCAAGGAGGGGAAGGCACCCGGCACCCCGGCAGCCACGGGCCACACGCCCAGCCCCAAGGCCACCUCCACUGGCCACCGGCCACCAGGCUGGUCGGCCACCUGGACCAAGGACAGCAAGAGGCGGGAGAGGCGCUGGGUGAAGUAUGACGGCAUCGGGCCGGUGGAUGAGACGGGGAUGCCCAUCGCCUCGCGCUCGAGCGUCGACCGUCCCCGUGACUGGUACCGCAGCAUGUUCCGGCAGAUCCACCGCAAGCUGCCAGAGCCAGACUGGGAGCCCCAUCGCUGCCCCACGGGUAAGCUCAGCCCCUCGCCCGCUUCGGCACCUCCAUCCCCCCCUGAGCCGCAGAGGAGAAGCUCGUUGCCAGCGCAGCCCCCCGGGAUGCCCAACGGGUUGGGCUGGACCAGCUGGGAUGACCCCGGCACUGCCACGGAGCCUGGCAGCAUUUUUGACUACGAGCCGGGGAGAUGCCGAGCAUGGGAGCGGCCGUGGCAGCCCCCGGCAGUGCCGCCGCCGACGCGGGCUCAGCCCAUCGAGGUGCUGCUGGAGCAGGAGCUGGAGCAGCUCAGCGAGGAGCUGGACAAGGACAUGAGGGCUAUGGAGACACGCCGGGACUCCAGCCAGAGCUCGGCGGCUGCUCCCACCGCUCGCUCCCCCGCUCCGGCCUCCGCGGCGGCUCGGAGCCCCCUGACACCCCGGCGGCCUCAGGGCCCCCCCAGCACCCCCAACCCACCCGGCAGCCCUGCCAUGGAGUGGGGUGGCCUGGGACUGCCCAGGGACAGGAGCCACACAGCCCCUGGCAGAGACACCCUCAGGCCAGGGACUCUCCCCAGCCUGUCCGAUAUGGGGGAACCCACGGAGGCCGUCAGGAGGGAGGAGAAGAAGAUGAAAGCUGCUCGCCUCAAGUUCGACUUCCAAGCUGAGUCGCCCAAGGAGCUGACGCUGCAGAAAGGGGACAUUGUCUACAUCCAUAAGGAGGUGGACAGGAACUGGCUGGAGGGGGAGCACCACGGCCGCGUCGGCAUCUUCCCCUCCAACUACGUGGAGGUCCUGCCCCCCACGGAGGUGCCCAAGCCCAUCAAAGCACCCACCAUCCAGGUGCUGGAGUACGGCGAGGCCCUGGCGCUCUACAACUUCCGAGGGGAGCUGCCUGUCGAGCUCUCCUUCCGCAAGGGCGAGCGUGUCUGCCUGGUGCGGCGUGUGGACCAGAACUGGUACGAGGGCCGGAUCUCGGGCACCAGCCGCCAGGGCAUCUUCCCGGCCACCUACGUGCAAGUGCUGAAGGAGCCGCGGGUGAAAACCAGCGCCGAGGAUUUCCCACCCUGCCCGUCCCCCGCCAGCCCCCGGCCCUCGGCCGCCUCCCCGGCCCUGCAGCGCUGCCCCGCUCCCCAGGGACCCCCCGUGGCCUCCAGCUCCCCUCGGCUGGCAGAGCAGGGGCUGGCUGAGGCCGCUGGGCACCCACCCUCACCCCACCAGCUCGGCUUCGCCCUCCCCCACUCCCCAAAGCAGCCGACUCCUGUGGCCACCCAUCCCCAGGAGCCACGAUGCCCGGCCUGGCCCCCUCAACAGCCCACAGCCCCAGGGGCACCCACUGGCACCCGCCCCGAGCCCACCCCGUCCUACAACGGCUCCGAAAUCCAGUGGACCCCGUACCGGGCGCUCUACCAGUACCAACCCCAGAACGCCGACGAGCUGGAGCUGCUGGAGGGCGACAGGGUGGAUGUCAUGCAGCAGUGUGACGAUGGCUGGUUCGUGGGUGUGUCCAGGAGGACGCAGAAAUUCGGCACCUUCCCCGGCAAUUACGUGGCGCCGGUGUGACCCUGAGAAGAGGAACCCCGUGGGAAAUGAGGGGACAGGGGGGUCCCCACCCUCCCACUGUGUCCCCUCUGUGUCCCCCCACAGGGACAAAGUGCCUCCAGCUCCCUCCUGCCCCUAUGGGGCUGCCACUAACAGGGAUCCAUCCUCCAUGGGGGUGUUUCCCCCACCCCAGUGCCUUAACCUGACCCCUCCCCACCGCUGCCCGGUGCCCCAUUGCCCCCCAUCCCGGUGCUGGAGGGGGAAUUCGGCCGGUGCCGGGCCCGACCGUGACGGUUGUGACCUGAGAUGUCGGUGUGGGGCAGCUUCUUGUCUGACAUUAAAGCUCAGCUCAGCCCGA